GUCUAUGAAAGGCUUGAUCUUGGCUCCCAACACAUUCGAUUACUCGUUUUAUUCCCAGGACGAUGGACGGACCCAUUAUCUUGUGCAUUGUCACUUGUUUCUCUGAACGAUAGGCCAAUCUACGAAGCAGUUUCCUACGCUUGGGGAAAUCGCACUUCUCGUCGCACAAUACACCUGGACGACCGACUUUAUUCUGUUACCGCCGCACUUGAGAUAGUCCUUCGACACCCAACCAAAGCUCGAAUCAUCUGGGUUGAUGCAUUAUGCAUCAAUCAAUCAGAUCCAGAGGAAAGAACGCAUCAAGUCAACAUGAUGUGCGCUAUAUAUUCUCUGGCUCAAGAGGUCUUUUUAUUCCUCGGC